AUGCCCGCUCCAGCCGUAGAUAACCAUGCCAUCUCUGUCGUUCUCUGGGGCGGCGACAACCCGAACGAGCCUCUGGCAGAUCCAGUCGGCCACAUGGCGCUCGCCGUGCACGCGGACGUCUCUCAGCCGGCCAUCUGCCAUCUUCACCACGUACGGUGCCCGAACCAGGUGCGCUUCAUAUACGAGUCGCGACCCCAGCAGCCCUUUGCCUCGGACCCGGCACCGCGCGGCCGCUGCGAGCUGCGCGGGGGCUUGAGCGCCGGGGAUGCCCGCACCGCCAACGACGUUCUAGCCCGCUUCGGCGCCGACGAGACACAGCUGCCGUUUUACGGCGAGGGUAACUGCCACAACUGGACAGCAGGCGCAAUUGGGGCGCUUGAGGAGGCCGGUCUCGCCGAGCCGGGCGACGCCGCAGUCUGGGCUGCCCUGAUUGGCAAGGGGCCAAGGGCCAUGCAGCACAGCUGGGUCGACGGAAGUCGGAGGCGGUGGAUAGAUUGCGAUGAAUUUAGCCAGGCUUGGUCUGGACCAGUGGACGCGAGAUGGGGUGAAGGGGGCGAGGCACAAGCAGCGGCUUUGGCAGCAGCAAACGCAAGUGCCAGUAAUCUCAAGGAUCGUGUGGCUAGAUUACAAAAGUUGCUAGGCGGUGAGCAUAAGUAA